GUCCAAGGCAUUCCUUUGCCCCCACCUCCAAUGGGCAUGCCCCCGAUGCAGCCUCCCCCUCCCCCUCCUCCUGGCAUGGGCCUCAACUUCCCCAUGGGCGUGGGGCCUCCUCCACCGCCCCCCACUCUGGGCCCGCCUCUUCGCAUGCAGAUGGAUCCUUCCUCGUUGCCUGAGGAAGAGCGACUGAAGCUGGCUCAGCAACAGGCCGCCAUGUUGAUCCAACAGGAGGAGAGAGGCAAGCAGGCAGUGGUACUAAUGGAGCAGGUGCGCCAUCAAGAGAUGUCAAAGCUAGCCCCUUCAGUACCUCGGACAGUUCCAGAUCUGCUAUCAAGACCUCAAAGCCACCCCAGAA